UAAAAUUACAUAAAAAUGGAUUAUACGAUGGUGCCGAACGAUGAGGCCAAACGCCAGGAGGAAGACGUUCAGAUCGUGAAACCUAAGAAGAUCUGGAGAAAUCUAGUAGCCUACUGGCUGCUAGGUCUAUGUAAUAACUAUGGUUACGUAGUGAUGCUGAGUGCUGCGAAUGAUAUCCUUCACACACAGGGAGGAGACGCUGAUGUUCAUAACGAUGUUCCAGUUAAUGAUGGGAAUGGUACAGAUCAUAGGGAUUGUAACUACAUCUCCACUGGGGCCAUAUUAUUAGCUGAUAUUUUACCUAGUCUAAUUAUUAAAUUGAUAGCACCGUUUCUUCCAUUCUUUGUCCACGUCCGUGUAGGUAUUUGUAUUGUAUUGGCAUCGGCAGGAUUCCUGGUGGUGGCCUUCAGCACGGGCCAAUGGAUGUCUAUCCUAGGUGUUAUCGUCACGUCCUUCAGCUCCGGAUUGGGUGAGGUGACAUACCUACAGUACAGCUCUUUCUAUGACAAGGACGUGGUGUCGACAUGGUCCUCCGGUACAGGCGGCGCUGGCGUUUUCGGCGCCCUGUCUUACGCGGCUCUGAAUAAAUUAGGACUCAGAAACGCCUUGCUAAUCAUGCUAAUUGUACCGGUGACAAUGGGGAUUUCGUUUUGGGGAAUCCUCAAGAGUCCGGAGGAGAGAAACGAGCUGUCCACACAGCAUAACGUCAACGAGGAGGAGAUUAAGAAUCCAAAGUCUGCGUUUAUGAAGAAGAUCAAGCAGGUGCCUGGUCUCUUGAAAUUUAUGAUUCCAUUAGGUUUGGUGUAUUUAUUUGAAUAUUUCAUCAAUCAAGGAAUGUUCGAGUUGAUCAAUUUCGACAAUUUCUUCAUCGACUCUAAGGAGCAGUACAGGUGGCUGCAAGUCGAUUAUCAAAUCGGUGUAUUCAUAUCUAGAUCUUCAGUCAAUUUAAUUCAUAUUAAGAAGAUCUGGCUUAUGUCAGUACUUCAACUUAUUAACGUGGCUAUUUUCACGACAGAAGCUGUAUUCUAUUAUGUACCAACCUUCUGGAUAGUCUUGGUCUUAACACUGUGGGAAGGUCUCCUCGGAGGUGCGGCCUAUGUAAACACUUUCUACAAGAUUUCAACCGAUGUACCUGAAGAAGAUAAACAAUUCUCAAUGGGUGUUACUAGUUUUGCGGAUGCCAUUGGUAUAACCUUCGCUGGCAUCUUUUCAAUGUUUGCCCAUAACGCAAUAUGCGAUCUACCAAAGCCCCAAAGAUGAUAAGUCCUAUUUACAUAUAAUAUAUUUUAUUAUACACAUAUACAAUAGUACAGUAAACGUCAAUUCAAA